UUGCAUAAAGAUAUACAGAAAUAUGUGUGCGGAAUAAAUUAAAAUGUUCACUUUACUUAUAUAAUAUUUAAAUAGUUUAAAUCGAAUGUAGUUGUAGGAUGCGAGGAACAUUAUAUGUAGUGAGUACACAGACACGUACAUGGUAAAGUUUGUAAAAAAUUUGUAAGAAAAUUCGAUUGUUCUAAUAUAACUAUUCUCAAAAAAUAGUAACGGUAUUAUAUCUAAUACAGUAGCAUUUUUAUGUUACAUAAUAUAUAAAAUGUUCAAUGCAAAUCGAAAUCAGUAAGACAUAACCUACUUCGAAAGAAUAACAAACGUCUACAUCGUACUACGACCAGUUACGACUUAAUCAAAUGUAACUGAAGAUGUGAUCUCACCGGCAAGAUAUCACCUGUCAAAUUGCGCGUUAUGUUCUAAGUAUCUUAUUAGAAAAUAAGCUGUAUGUAAUGGAAAAUCAUUCCGUUCGUAUAAAUUACACGCUAAUACCUCGCGAUACGGAACAACCAUUGAUACAUGAUAAUCAAACUAAGCCACAUGAAGGGGAUAUUAAGAAACACGAGGAAACGACAAUGACAACUGAAUCAAUGGGUGGAUUGCUUUAUCCCAGAGCUAUGUUAUUUUUAGUAUUAUGGUACAUCAUCAGCGGAUGCACUUUAUUUUUUAAUAAAUACAUAUUAUCUUAUAUGGAGGGUAAUCCUACAAUUUUGGGUGCUAGUCAAAUGUUAAUGACUACAGUUUGUGGAUUUAUUCAAAUGUAUAUUCCUUGUGGAAUGUAUAAAGCACGUCCCAGAUUAGUGAGACCAGCAGGUUUUUACAAACAUAUGACUUUGGUAGGAUGUACAAGAUUUACAACAGUAGUACUAGGUUUAGUAUCACUCAAUUAUGUAGCUGUGAGUUUUACAGAAACGAUUAAAAGCAGUGCACCCCUUUUUACCGUCCUUAUCAGCAGAUAUUUAUUAGGAGAGCACACAGGGUUGUACGUAAAUUUAUCUUUAGUACCUGUAAUGGUCGGGCUAGCUUUAUGUUCAAUAAAUGAAAUUAGCUUCGACCUGAGAGGAUUCAUUGCUGCUAUGGCUACAAACGUAACAGAAUGUUUGCAAAAUGUUUAUUCUAAAAUGUUAAUCAGUGGUGAUAAUUUUAGAUAUACGCCUGCAGAGCUGCAAUUUUAUACUAGUCUAGCAUCAAUUGUGGUACAAAUACCAGUGUUAAUAUUGUUUGUAGAUUUGCCAGCACUUGAACAUUCUUUAAGUUUUAAAUUAUUCACAGCCUUUCUUCUCAACGGAGUGUUCUUUCAUUUUCAAAGCAUCACCGCAUAUGUACUUAUGGAUUACAUUAGCCCUGUGACGCACAGCGUCGUUAAUACAGCGAAGAGAGCUUCAUUGAUAUGGUUCUCCGUUUUACUAUUUAAUAAUCCAGUAACUGGUUUAUCAGCUAUUGGAACGUCCUUAGUGAUAAUAGGAGUACUGUUGUACAAUCGAGCACAAGAAUAUGAUAAGCUGAACAAAGCGAAAUCACGAUACAAUUCUAAAGUUAAUUUACAAUAAUUUUAUUUAGUAAACUGAAGCUUUAUAAAUAUUUGUAUUAAAUAUAUUAUGUCACGAACA